AUGGAUAUGAAAAUAUUGGUCAAAGUCGGAUUUAAUUGUCAACUGUCCCGGUCGGAAAUAGGAUUGACUGCCGAUUCCGAAGGAACUGGAGUAGUCACACAAGAGAUAAGGGCCAGUGUAUCAGAAAUUUACAAUGAGAAAGAGUUGUGCCAAGUGAAAGUAAAGUGUUUUUUAAACAAAUUGGCCUGCCCAGAUUGCCUACUUCCAUUGGAAUACAUCGAGGAAUGCGGAUUCGUGAAAGAAACUGGCUUUAUUUGGCUUAAACGGAAGCAAAAGAUUGUGCGAAAGUUUGAAAAGAUUGACAAGCUUGCCCAAUAUGCAGCAGAAGUCACAGCCUAUGCUGAACCAAAGAAGUUAAAGUCCAUAACUGGACUGAAGGCCAAGGAGCUCUUCUUGUGGGUUACUGUGAGUGAUGUUGAAGUUGAAGAUGCUCCAACUGGAAAGAUCACUUUCAAGUCUCCUCUAGGGCUGACAAGAACUUUCCCGCGGUCGGCUUUCGAGGUGGCGGAAGCUGAAGAGGUUAAGACAACAAAGAAUGAUAGAACUGACAAUGAAGUGAAAUCAAGGGUUUAA